AAAAACAAUUAUUGGCCACUUACCGUGUUGUCUACGUAUCCAAUCAUCCAAAUCCAUCAACUUCCUUCAUUCCUAUAUGUUAAAUGUGUCAUCAAACCAGUCAUUACACACACAUGUAGCAGCAAAACAUGAGUCCAAUUGUUCUUAUCCGUUGUGUGAUCUUUGUCACGUGUUUUCUAGUAACUAUGCUCUCGGCUGCUCCUACGUUGUUGUUUCAGGGGUUCAACUGGGAGUCAUGCAACAAGCAAGGCGGAUUGUACAACUCCUUGGUUAACUCCAUUGAUGAUCUUGCGGCAGCCGGAGUUACUCAUGUUUGGCUCCCACCCCCCUCCCAGUCCGCUGCACCUCAAGGAUAUAUGCCAGGAAGGUUAUAUGAUCUGAAUGCAUCCAGCUAUGGAAAUGAAGAAGAACUAAAAUCACUUAUCAAAUCUUUCAAGAACAAGGGAAUCAAAGCGAUCGCUGACAUAGUUAUAAACCAUCGGACAGCCGAAAAGCAAGAUGAAAGAGGAGUGUGGUGUAUAUUUGAAGGCGGGACACCAGAUGAACGCCUAGAUUGGGGUCCAUCUCUUAUAUGCAAAGACGACAUUGAGUACUCCAACGGAAUGGGGAAUGCGGACACUGGAGAACCCUUUCCACCGGCCCCGGAUAUUGAUCACCUUAAUCCUAGAGUCCAAAACGAGCUAUCCGAUUGGAUGAAUUGGUUAAAAAUCGAUAUAGGUUUUGAUGGGUGGCGGUUUGAUUACGCAAGAGGGUAUUCUUCGAGUAUCACCAAGGUGUAUAUGACGAACACGUCUCCUGAUUUUGCUGUUGGAGAGUAUUGGAACUCGGUGGCUAUAGGGCCAGACGGGAAGCCGGAAUACAACCAAGAUAAGCAUCGAAAUGAGAUCAUGAACUGGGUGCAAGAAAGUGGUGGUGGUUCAUUGACAGCUUUUGAUUUUACUACAAAGUUUAUACUUCAAGCAGCUGUGGAGGGUGAGUUGUGGAGGUUGAUUGACCCAAAUGGUAAGCCACCCGGGCUGAUUGGAAUCUUACCGGGAAGCGCAGUGACCUUUAUCGAUAAUCAUGACACGGGUUCAACCCAAAAGAUUUCGCCAUUUCCAUCUGAUAAAGUUAUGCAAGGAUAUGCAUACAUCCUCACCCAUCCAGGCAUCCCAUCAUUGUUUUACGAUCACUUCUUUGAUUGGGGCCUAAAGGACGAGCUCACGAAGUUAUCCGCAGUAAGAGCAAGAAACGAGAUCACUGCAACAAGCCAAGUGAAGAUUCUCGCAUAUGAAGCAGAACUUUAUGUUGCAGUAAUCGACGAGAAAGUCAUCGUCAAAAUCGGGCCGAAGAUGGAUCUUGGAAAUCUUAUUCCUGAGAAUUUUAAACUUGCUACUUCUGGAGAUCAGUAUGCAGUAUGGGAGAAACUACCUUAAAUGUUAUGUAAUUUGUAACUAUUAUGACAAUAAACUCUAACAAAAAAGAAGAAGUCCAUUUGUGUUCA